UCCAUAUGAGAAGUCUGAUAUCUCGAUUUAUAGACUUUUAGCUUUGAAAAGAAAUCUAUAUUCUCGGCAUCUAUAAUGAGCGAUAUUACUACAAGCUUCAAUAUCAAAGCCAGUCGUAAUUAUAAGAGUCUUUUUGCUUAUAACGAGCCGCCUGGAUAUCGAUGAAAUUUGCAUAUACCCAAAUCAAGACAUCGCCGAAGAUUUGCUUGAACUUAUAAACCAACAACAAUGGGAAGAGACGAUUUCAAAAUACGGCUUCAGCCGCAGGAUGUUGCAAACCAAAAGAACCCAACAUACAAGAAUGCUGCUAAAAUCUUCAUUCAUCCGACAACCUUCGCCCAAGGCGGCUUUACCACAGCACAUCUCUGCAACGUUGAGACAGAUGGUCCCGUUCGACUGGAAGCAGUUGCUUGGCCGGCUCCCGACAAGAAUGUUGCCAACAACAUAAUCUCUAUUAGUCGAGUCUUUCAAAAGCUAGCCGGUGUAGAGCUUGGCCAGAUAGCUAGGGUGACUCCUGGCAAUGGGCCCGUUCCUGACGCUGGCGUUGUUAUUAUGAGAGAAACAACCCCCGAUUCAGUUCCACUGCCUUCUUCGGAACAGACAAGAUGGCAAUAUCAUCUAGAAAGCCGAUUAGGUGAGCUACACUAUGGUCCUUUCUCAUAUUUGUAACUUUGAAUAAUGGAGGCUUUAUCUCUCAUUUAUAAUAACUACCCCUGAAUUGCAACUUGUGUUAGUGUUGGGCGUGGAUAAAUAAUUUAUAUCCUUGUUUAUUUUCGAACAUAUUCUUGUUAUAUUUUGCAAUCCCACCAUGUACAAUUCAAUCUGACUGUAUGUAGAGGUAGCUGAAUUCAUCUUACCCGAAAUAUCGUUUGAAGAAAU